AUGGAGGAUUAUGAGUUUCAGGGCUGGCUUGGCUACUCCGCCGACGCUGUUAACGGCAAAAUGCAGUGGGAUGUCUUCGAGCUGAAGAUAUUAAUAUACCUCGGCAAUAUUGAAGCUGCACCUAUGCUUUGCGCUGGCGUAACCGUUUACACCCCUCUGCGAAAUAAUGGCCGCAUGGGUAAGAUGGUCGGCAUUGUAGGAGUUGGUGGGCUUGGCCACUUCGGAAUACUCUUCGCAAGGGCCCUUGGAGCAGAGAAGGUUGUCGGUAUCUCACGCAAAGCCUCCAAGAGAGACGAAGUCCUCGCUCUCGGCGCAGAUAUGUAUAUUGCUACCGAUGGCAAGGACGAAAAAAAUUGGGCAACAGAGAAUUCCAGGACCAUCGACCUGAUUAUCAGUACUGCUUCGUCCCCAGACAUGCCCCUUACCGACUACCACAAGCUACUUUGGUAUAGAAGUGAUUUCAUUGAGGUUAACGCACCUAACAAUAGCGAUCUACCGCCUAUUAAUGCCUUUACACUUAUCAGCGGUGGCUUCAAGAUUGGCGGCAGUGCGACUGGUUCGCCGGCAGAUAUCGAGGAGAUGCUAUACUUUGUAGUAGGAAAGAAGGUUAAGCCGUGA